AUGGAGAUCAACUACCAAGGCAAGUGGAACCUCAGCAUGAUGGGUGAAUUCUGCUGGAUGCUCCUACGUGACAUCCCAGAGGCAAAAUCAUGGCCAGUGGUUCGGGACCGGCCAGGGGUGCCCACAGGCACCGUCGAACAAGUCCUCUGGAAGCCCUCACAGACGCACACUUCCUCCAAAAGUUUCGACUGUCCAAGGCCGCUGUCGUCAUCCUCCAGAACUAUCUACACAACAGCGUGCUAUCGACUUCCGCUUCUAACGGCCUUGCGGUUCUUCGCCACGGGCAAGGUGGCACGAGCGGCGGGCGUGGCGAGGCUGCCGACGACCCGGACCAGAACAGUGGUGGGCCACGUCUCCAGCACCCUUGUGAACGAGUUGAAGGACCACUUCCUAGAUUUCCCGGACACACAGCAACAGGAGACAUUCAAGGCGGACUUCCAAGAGAUUGGACAACUUGUGAACGUGAUUGGUUGCAUCAACAGUAUACCCAUCCCUCUGGCUGGGUUUUUGGGCAUGGAAUUGGGCGUAGGAAACCAACAGUACGGCCAAAGACUCCUGAAGCUGCUGGUGGUAUGUGGGCCACAGGGGCAAAUCACCUCUCUCAUGGUGCAGCCCUACGCGGAGGGUGACUGGCAGACGUUCCGAGACAGCUGUCUUCUUGACGCCCUCCAGAAUGACGAGUAUGAUGGAUACGUCCUGGCGAACCUCAACUUCCCUCCUAGAAGAUACUUUCUCAUCCCAAUCGCUAAUCCAGCGAACUGGAUGGACGAGCUCUUCAAUUUCGCGCACUUCACCACUCUGCAAGUCUCGAAUCACGCUCUGAACCUGCUGACUGCCAGAUUCCCGUGUUUGGUGGCAGCUAUGGAUGGGAUAUAUCCGUCCAAUCUGAAUGUUGUGGCGGCCUGCGCUAUACUGCAUAAUCUGUGUCUGAAGCUCUCCGUUCCCGCCCCUCCUGGCAAUCCCAACGCGCAUCCGAUCAACCUCCCCUUCCAGAACAGGGCCCAACCCCCCCGUUCACAUUGCAGGGAGGAGUAGGGAUAUGUCUGUCCUAUCGAAAUGUGGUGGCCUGCGCUAUAUUCCAUAUACUGCGUCUGAAGCUUUCCGUUCCCGUCCUUUCUCGGGCCUCCGAUCAACCUCGCCUUCACUUUACAAAGAGAAGUAGGUAAAAUUAUUUAGGCUAUGUCCAAUCGAAGUGUGUGGCGGCCAGCGCUGAACUCCAUAUUCUGCGUCUGAAGCUCUUCGAUCCCGUCCCUUUUGGCAGCAGCCACACCAUGUAUGCCAGGGCCUCCGAUCAACCUCACCCUCCAGAACAGACGCCAGCCGUAACAUAACAGGGAGGAGUAGCUUCUCUAGUCGCCGCCAUCCAGCUUCCUACUCAGCCCUGUCGCCUUCCCUCACCACCCAUCCAGAGUAGAGCAGACCAAUUCCAGUCUCUUUUUCCUAUAUAUAUGAUGAUUUCUGUGGGUUAGGUCAUUUUCCCUCCUAUCAAAAAACAAGACAAUUACCGUCAGUCAGUCAGCGACCACUCCAGCAAGGAACAAGAUGACGAGGUGUUAAUCAUGGACACGCCACCGUCUAUACUUCUGCUGGUCUGCUCUGAAAUCCCGGCCCAUGCAUGUCCCCAAAUGGAGUCGAAGAAUCAACUAUACUGAAAAAUGUAAUAGUCUUGUGGGUUUUUUUUGGUAUAUAUUUAAGUAUACUUUUAGCUGUCAUCUUGUGUAGUUAACGAUGCUAUAGAUGCGUUUUGAUAUAAGCUACCCAACCUACCCGCUAAAGCUGCGCGUGGCCUCAGUGUUCAUAUCUGUCUCACAGACAUUUGUAAGGAAGCCAACUAUUUCCAAAUGAAGGAGGUAGGAAGAAAGACUUGGUUUAGCUUGGACAGGUUGUGAGCUGUGUGUGUGUGUGUGUGUGUGUGUGUGUGUGUGUGUGUGUGUGCUAUUUGUAUUUGGUUGUUACUUUGCUACAUUUACUUUUGUGUGUAUGAACGUAUGCAUCUAUUAGAGAACGGGUAUUUCAAUUACGAUAUGUAGCUAUUUUGUAAGGAGCAGCUUUUCUUGAAACACUCCGACAUCGAGAUCGAUAAAUUGUACAAAAUACUGCUGCACUGAUGCACUAAUAUGCACUAUGGUAGGUAGAGGAUAAAGUCUGGAGUUUAGUACGUAUAGUUUCUUACUUUAAUAAACAUUUACACGUAUAUAAGAUUGUCAUUACCUUUUACCUUUUUCGAACUCUACUCAAAACUUCAGUCUUCGCCCUCGUAAAGUAGUAACCAAAAUCCACACGUUUUUCGAGUCUUUGCCCUU